AUGUUUGGCAGGUUAAAGGGUCUCCUCGGUGGCCCACAAAUGCCAGCAGCUUCAGGGACCCCUGACCCGGCUCCAGGUCCAGGUCCAGGUCCAGCUCCAGCUCCAGCUCCAGCUCCGGCUCCAGCUCCAGCCAAGGAGGAGAAGCCAGCCGAUAAGGAGAAUGAGGCCAAGAAAGUGGACAAACCGCAGGAAACAGCCCCAGGCUCCCUGCCCCAGCUCCUGCCCCAGCCCCAGCUCCUGCCCCAGCUCCUGCCCCAGCAGCAGCUCCUGCUCCUGCAGCAGCUCCAGCGAACCCUGGUCAAGCUGGACCUGAGGGGACAAGAGGCCGAACCUCCUCCCCCUCUGCCCAUCGUCAUCAACAGAUAUUCAGACGAUCAGCUCCGAGCCGUGGUCAAACUGAUGAGAGAGAGACUUCAGCUCUACAAGGACAAAGUGAUCGAUCAAUACGCUUCCUCCCCAGAGAUCAGCCCUCCUGUCACACCUGUGCUGCGCAAAGACAACUAUGCAAAAGUGAUCGAGGAGAGGAAAAGGCAAGCAGAGGAGGACCGGAUAAAGAAGGAAGAAGCUGACAAGAAGAAGAAAGAGGAGGCGGAGAAGAAAAAGAAGGAGGCUGAGCAGAAAAAGAAAGAAGAGGAGGAGAAAAAACAAGCAGAAGCUAAAGAUGAGGAAAAGGAAAAGAAAAGCCUGAAAGUGAAGUUUACAGAAGCUGCCUGGCAUUCAGUGGACGUUGUGCUGAAGCCGAUCGAGGACAAGAUGGACUCGGUGCUGGGGAACACCAUCGACCCGUUCACAGACCGCCGCUACAUCGCCUGGCUCAGCGUGGUCACGCUGGCCUUCAACUACAACACCUGGUUCGCUACGGCCCGCCUCUGCUUCCCUUACCACACGGAGUGGGCCGUCCCGGUCUGGUUCUCCCUGGAUGUGCUGUCUGACAUCAUCUACCUGGUGGACUCCAUCAUCUUCCAGAGCCGCAAGCAGUUCGUCAAAGGAGGAGACAUCAUCAAAGACAGAGUCGUGACAAAGAUAAACUACAGGAAUUCUGACAGAUUCAAGAUCGACAUGGUGUCCCUCAUCCCAUUCGACUUGCUCUACUUCCAGUUUGGAUUCAAAUCCAUUUUCAGAUUCAAUCGUAUGCUAAAGGCAGAUACAUUUUUUGAGUUCAGCGAUCGUCUAGAGAGCAUCAUGGCCAAGGCUUACAUCUGGAGAGUGAUUCGGACCAUCGGGUAUCUCCUCUUCGCUCUCCACGUCAACGCCUGCUUCUACUACGUAGCUUCAGAGUACCAGGGCAUCGGGGGAACUAAAUGGGUCUACUCGGGUCUGGGCAGUGCUUACCUCAGCUGCUUCUUCUAUGCAGAGAAGUCCCUGCUGCUGAUCGCUGAGUUGCCUAUUCCAGAAUCCAUGUUCGGACAGAUCUUUCAGAUGACAAACUACCUUUUUGGGGCAUUCUUUAUGUCCGUCAUUCUUGGCCAGAUGAGAGACGUCAUUGGUGCAGCCACUGCAGGACAGACCUACUUCCGAUCCAACAUGGACGGCACCGUGGCCUACAUGGUGACCAACCACAUCCCCUAUCUGGUCCAGAACCGAGUCCGCACCUGGUACACCUACACCUGGGACGCUCAGGGCAUGCUGGAUGAGUCUGAGCUGCUGGAUAAGAUGCCUCUGGUGAUGAGAACGGCCAUUGCUGUGGACAUCAACCUGACAACCUUCCAGAAGAUUGAUCUUUUCAAGGGCUGCGACCAGCAGAUGUUGGUGGACAUGUUGCUGAGGCUCAAGUCUAUCAUCUAUCUACCUGGAGACUUUGUUGUGAAGAAAGGGGACAUCGGUAAAGAGAUGUACAUCAUUAAAAGUGGAGCGGUGCAGGUGGUGGGAGGGCCUGACAACAGUAUUGUGUUCGUCACACUGAAGGCUGGCUGUGUGUUUGGAGAAAUCAGUCUGCUGCAGUCGUCCAAAGAUGGAGGGAACAGGCGGACAGCUAACGUCAAAGCCUACGGCUUCGCUAACCUUUUUGUCCUGGAGAAGAAAGACCUGUUUGACAUCCUGGUCCACUACCCAGAGUCUCAGAAGGUGUUGGCCAGGAAGGGCAAGAAACUGAUGAAGGCGAAGGGUCCCGCUGCAGCUAAAGCAGAGGAGGAGAAGAAGAAAGGACUGGCGCUGUUCGGACCCAAACCUCCCACGCCCAAACUGCUGCGUGCUGUUGGAGGAAACUUUAUGAGCAAACUGAAGACUGCUGCUGCUGCUGGUAACCGCUGAAGAUUGGAUGAGUUUAUUUUUUAUGACUCCUUUUUGGGAGUAAAUGUACAGUUUUAUUUUCAGGCUCUUACUCCUCUUUUGUACUGCAUUUUCUG